AUGGCAAUGGACCCGACACCACAGAACGCGUUGGAUCUGCACCAGUCUCUCCUCUUCCGUCUUCCACGAGAGCUGCGAGAUGAAAUCUACUACUACUAUUCCCAAGCGAACGGCUACUACUACGACUCCACUUCUGGGACACUUCGAAUGCACGGCGGCGAGUGCAUUGAUCUCAGCCUCCAAUAUACCUGUAAAAGGACAGCGGCGGAGAUGCAGGGUAUUGCCUUGGGGAUCAACACAAUAACCUUCCGUACUAUGCUCGAUCUCCCCAGGCCUUCCGACCAACUCAUGAAAUCCCAAAUCUUCGGUUAUUACAUCGAUGAAGGAAGGGGUGCCAUACUUAGUCGCAUGCUCGAAUGGACAUACCCUCUAGUCACAGCCGAGACCAUGCGUAAGUUGUGCGAACGCCAUCCAGCGAACCUGGCAGUCAAGAAGAUGAGGGAAUUGCAUCGAGAGGGAGACAGUGAUGGACCCCUAGCGCGUGGACACCUAUGGGGUGAGCUUGAAGAUGUCGAUACAGUCGAUUAUAACGAGUUCUCAGCGCAAACAUUCGAAAUCAUCCGAGACUUGCUGGAUAUCAUAUCCACGGAGCCUGAAUUCUGGCACAUGACUGCAAGCGACUUCGAUGUUAACGCGAGGAGGGCAUUUUUCGUGGCAACUAAUCACUGGGCCACCCGUUGGGAGGCAUUCGAGGAUUAUCUUAUGAAGAAUGUUCCCGUAUACACUUCCAAGGCAGAACAGCAGCGAGUACUACAGUGGCGACCUGACAGCUGGUCUAUCCCCACAAAUGAUGACCUUGAGGCAGUGGCAGAGUUCCUACCUCACGACGAUGAUUCUGAUCCUUUUGAUAUGGUACACAUACGGGGAGGAAGGCGAUCCUACUUCUCUGCAGCCGCCGUCGCAGUUCAAUUCCUCUCACGCCUCAGCGAAUCCGCACGUAGCCAUCUCCGCCAGGUCACUAUACUGGAAGACGAGCAAAGCGACCCCGAAUCCUCCAGUCAUGCAAGAGGCCUACUUCCGUUUUGUAUCUCCAACACUCAAUUGAAGAUUGAGAGAAGAGUAGACAUAUGGCGUACCUCACUCAUACGUACUUCGAGAGCGACCCAUGAUGCAGGGACCCAACUUAUAAUGAAGGAGAUUGGGAUGUGGAUUAGUGAGACAAAAGCACUGUUUGUCUUGGGGAUGCUGCCCGGCUCUUACAAUCUGGUCUUACACGGCCCAUCACCUCUUGCGAGCCAACAAAUCUGCGAUGCCACUGUCAGGGUAGCAAUCUGGGAGGAAGGGUGUACAUCGAUCGCAAAAGCCGACACUUUCCAAGGGCACUACUUUGUUCACUUUCUUGGUGAAGGCUUCGUGGAGGCGAUCAAGGGGGUUGUCGAAGGGAGCAUUCCAGCUCGAUUCGACGCAGACAUGGGGAAGAUAUGGGAUAUCGACCAGCUGAUGAAGGAAAAGGAUGGCGAUUGGCCUUCGGACCUGGAGGAUGUUUUCGAAAUUCGCGACCUCGAAGAGCCAGCGGAAGGCUGGUGCGCUGCACAUGAAGAGCGAUUUGGGGUGUGGGAGCACAGUGACUAUAUUCAAGUAGACUGGACAGAAUACAUGGAGGGGGUUGAGAUGCUUUUUGAAGCAGAAUGA